AAGAACCAGGAUUCACAAAACAAUUGCUCAGAAGUCUCUUAGAUGAAGAUUUUGUGAUAUUAAUACCAGGUGCCCGAAUUCGAAAAUACUUCUGUCUGAAGGAAAGAGAAUGGAGAAGGUGUAUGAGGAGCUAGAUGAAAUCAAAGCUGAGAAUGAGAAGCUCAGGGCAGAAUGCAAAAGGAAAUCAGAAUUAUUCGAGAGCUUGAAGAAAACUAACAAUGAGCAGCAUAUUAAAAUCAAAGAGUUCGGUUUGAAAAUUGAGAAGCAGUCUCAAGAACUACUUCAGAAGGAAGAAGAAGUUUCUGGGCUGAGGCAAAGUUAUGAAGAUCUUAAAUGCAGUUUCAAUGAAAAAGAAACUAUUAUUAAGCGUCUGAAUGCUGCUAAUGAGAAGCUCCGAGCUGACUGGGAUGAGAAGUAUCGAAAUUGGGAGGAGGAGAAAAGAGGGCUUUUGCUGGCUCUAGAUGAGGCAAAUGAGAAGAACAUAGAUGAAGAGCAAAAGAUUAAUGUACUUAGGGCUGAGAUUGAGGGUCUCAAAGAGCUUCUGUCAAUUUCACAGAAGAAGUGUACUGAAGCUGAGAAGAAGGCCAAAAAUUCCAAGGAACUGAGGCAAAGAGAUGAUAUGUUGCUCAACUUAGAGGAAGAAAACAGAAAGGUUGAAGAUAAGCUAAAAUGGAAGAUGGAGCAAUUCAAACAUUUAGAAGAAGCCCAUGGGAAGCUUCGAGAUCAGUUCAGGGUAAGCCAGAAAGAAUGGGAGCAGGAAAAGUCUACAUUGUAUGAUGAGAUUAGUUCACUGCAGAUGAACUUAGAUUCUCAGAUCAGCAUCUCAAAAGAUCUUCAACACCGGUUACAGUUGUGCAACCAAGCCCUGGCACAUGAAGAAACUCGAAGAAAGUACCUUGAAGUUGAGGUUUCAGACUUCAGAAAACGGUUUGAGAAUGCUUUUGCUGAAUGUCAGGACUCAAAAUCGCAACUUGAGUUGAUAUCUGCUCAGAGGGACAAUGAAAUUGCAGCACUCAGACAUUCAUUGUGCACAAAGGAGACAUUUUAUAAGGAUUUGAAAUAUAGAACAGCAAAACUAGAGCAGGAAAAUGAAGAACUGCUAAUUUCACUCAAAGAAGCACAGGAGGCCAGGAUUCAGGAAGCAGGACCUUCUUCUUCUCUGUCAAAAUUAAGAAACAAGCUCAAAAAUGUGGAGCAGAUGCAUAGAGAUUGUUCUAAAAUCCUUCAGGCUAAAGAAGCAGAAUGGAACUCUCAGCUGGAAAAGAUGACCAAGCAAUUGAAUGAGUCCAAGUCUCAGUUAGAGACUAAAGAUGCUGAACUUGAAGAGCUUAAGAUAGAAUUUGAAGCUUGUUUGUCUUCAGCAAUGCAGUUGAAAUUGCAGAAUGAGGAGCUUUCUUUGAUGUUGCUGGUGUUGAAGUCUGGAAUAUAUGAGGCCCAAUUAAAGCUUGCAGAUAUUGAGGGUGAAUUAAGCCUUCACAAGAAAGAGAGGGAGGAGAAAGUUUCUCUUUUGAUGCAGCAGCUGGAUAUGAAGAAUACUGCACUGGCCAAAGCCCAGAGAGAUAUUGAAGAAGAGCAUGAGAAGACAUUGAUAUUAUUGAAGAGGGUUGAGUCCUUAGAACUGAUUGAGGACCAGCAUAACUUGAUGCAAAAAGAGAUUCUGAGGUCUAAAGAGAUGCUUGAGGAAUCAUACAAGUGUCAACUUCAGUUGAAACAACAAGCUUUGCAGGUGGAAAGUGAUUCAAAAGAAGAACUUAGAAAAGUUUGUGACGCCUUAGAUGUGGCAAAUUCUGAAUUGACUGAAGAACGUGAGAAGGUAGCAUCAUUGUUGAGGAGGGUUCAGUCAUUGGAACUCUUAGAAGAGCAGCGGCUCUUGAUGCAGAAACAGCUAGAGGAGCAAAAAAAAGUGAUUGAGGAAGCAUCAAGGAAUCAACUUUGUUUGGAAGAGCAAGCCUCCCAGAUAGAGAGUCAGUCUAAAGAGAAACUCGGACAAGUUUGUCAUGCUUUGGAAAUGGCAAAGUCUGAAUUGGCCAAAGAACGGGAGAAGGCACAUAUUUUGAUGGGGAUGGUUGAGUCCUUGGAACUCAUUGAAGAGCAGCUGACUAUGAUGCAGAAAGAACUUGAGAGGUACAAGGAAAUGUAUAAGGAAUCUUCCAGGCGUCAAAGUCACUUAGAGGAGCAAAUUUUGCAAAUGGAGGUUGAUUCAGAAGAGAGGCUAAGAGAAGUUUGUGGUGCUUUGGAUGAAGCAAAUUCUGCAUUGUUUGAGAAAACUAGUGAAGGACACGAAAUUGAAUUUGAAUUGUGGAUAUGGAAAUCUGUUGCUGAACAGUUGAAAGUUUGCCUCGAAGAUAAUCAGAUGCUCCGUAAAGAAUUAGAAGCUUCUCUCCUUGCAGAAGUAGAAGAUGGGGAAAACAUCAAGCAAGAGAAAGAUUGUCUUGCCCGUAUUUUAGAAGAAAAGGACAGCAGGAUAAGUAAUCUCCAGCAGCAGGUUUUGUUGCUUGAGCAAGAGCUCAAAACAAGAGAAGUAGAAGCAGUAAGUUCUUCAAGAAUGGAGACAGCUAGUUCCCUUGAGUCUGAAAGGGAUAGCUUUCUCCAAAUCACCUGUGAAAAGAACAAGAUCUUGGAGGAUCUCCAGAAGGAGAUUGACAUGCUGGAACAAGAAUCACUUAGAAGGGAAUUAGAAGCUGCUGCAUUUGCAUAUAUGGGUGCUGAAAGAGCACUUGAGCAUGAAAAAGAGAAUCUUGCACAACAUAUGAAGGAGAAAGAUCAGAGAAUUGAUGGUCUCAUGCAGGCUGUCAAAUCAAUGGAAGAAAAUUUUAAUUUAUCAUUGAACUCCUUUUCCUUGCAGCUUGCUGAGAAGCAGACAGAGAUUAAUCUUGUUUGUGAAGCCUGGGAAAAUAUUGCCAGAGCAGAACUUCUGGCCCAGGUAGAAAUUGAAGAGAAAAAGUUGAUGAUUUCAGAGCUGGAAGAUGACAUUCAAGAUAUGCAGGAGAAACUUAUAUUGCAGGAAAGAUCCCUGUCUGGUACGAAGCAGCAAGCAAUGAAGGUAGAAGCUGAACUUCAAGCUAAGCAGGUGGAAAUGAAGAGCUUGACCAAUGAAAUGGAGGCAAAACUGAGAACAUCAGAUGCCUUAAUUGAUGAACUGAGGUGUGAAAAAGGGAAUUUGCUAGAAGAUGUUAUGAAGUUGUCCAUGGAGAGGGAAAACCUGUUUGAUUGUAUUGGAGGCCUGGGAGAUAGGAUCAUCAGUAAGUUGUCCAGUGAAGACAUGCAGCUAAUGGGAAUGCUGGGAAGGAUAGUCCACUCUUGCGAUGCCUCAGGUAUGGCCUUGAAAGGAAAUGAUGAAGCUUUCAACUCUGUAAAAGAGAAUAUUCAUAAUAUUUCUUCACCCACAACAAAGAGACUUGAGUCCAUUGUUGAGGACAGAUCACCGUUCAGGCUGCUCAACUGACGGCAAAGUGCAAGGAUACUAGGUAUCAUAUAGCUUGUGUGAUUUUCUUUCCACUCCUAAUAUUUUCUGAGCUUGUAUAGACAGAUUGUUGAGUGUAAGCAUUUGUUUCUGCUACUAACAAGAUACCACGCAUCUUGUUUUAUGGGAACGAAACAGCUUUCCUUUUUAAUCCUUUGAGUUUUAAUGCAAAAUCCUUGAAGAAC